CUCCGUGCUAAACCACUCUCCUGUCUGCUCUCCGCUGUGUUUAUGAAACUCCGACUUGCUUUUCGUGCUAUUGAGGGAGUGCAGCGUGGGUUUACAAGGUUAAUUCCCGGGAUGGCGGGACUGUCAUAUGCUGAGAGAAUGGAGCGGCUGGGCUUGUACACUCUGGAGUUUAGAAGGAUGAGAGGGUAUCUCAUUGAAACAUAUAAGUUUGUUAAGGCUUUGGACACGCUAGAGGCAGGAAACAUGUUCCCGAUAUUGGGGGAGUCCAGAACCAGGGGCCACAGUUUAAGAAUAAGGAGUAAACCAUUUAGAACGGAGACGAGGAAACACUUUUUCUCACAGAGAGUGGUGAGUCUGUGGAAUUCUCUGCCUCAGAGGGCGGUGGAGGCCGGUUCUCUGGAUACUUUCAAGAGAGAGCUAGAUAGGGCUCUUAAAGAUAGUGGAGUCAGGGAUAGGGGGAGAAGGCAGCAACGGGGUACUGAUUGGGGAUGAUCAGCCAUGAUCACAUUGAAUGGCGGUGCUGUCUCGAAGGGCCGAAUGGCCUACUCCUGCACCUAUUGUCUAUUGUUUAUCUCCCUCCCUUCCUCUCUCUUUCUCACCUUUCUCUCCUCUCUCUCUCUCCCCUCUGCCCGCGGGUAGAUGACGAGUGCCCCGAUGCGUCUCCAGCGCGUGAGAACUGCGAGUUUGAUGAGGUUUGUGAGGAUGCGAGCUGCAGGUACAACCAGUACGUCACCUGCCACCUCAACCGCUGCGGGACGUGCGAGGCCGUGUUCCGCGGCUUCGACAACUUCACCGUCAACUGCGACCAGCUGACCCCCAAGUGCCGGCUGAUCCAGCUGGAGAUGCUGCACAAGAGCCGGACGGCCAGCCGGCAGCCGGGAGGGAGGAGAGCGGACGAGCUGUACGACCCCGAGUGCGAGCACAACGGCACCUUCAAGGCCAAGCAGUGCGACGACUCCAACCAAUGCUGGUGUGUGGACAGCGCUGGGGUCAGGGUCACCGACAAGACCGGAGACGACCCCAAGUGUGGCCAACUCGUCCGAGUCCAGGUGACCCCAAGUGCCGCUGAAUCCAGCUGGAUAUGCUGCACUAUCGCUGAGCCGGACGGCCAAUCUGGCAAGCCGGGAUGGAGGAGAGGCCCCACGAGCUGUACAACCCUCGUGAAACCAGAAGCGAGCGACACCAACAACAAGCCGUGCGCUGAUCCAACCAAUGGAGUGAAAGUGGCCAUUAAACUGGUGAAGGAGUACACCCUGAAGGUAACCCAGAUCCUGGAGAUCACGGUCCAUGAGUGGUCGGGGGAAAUCUGCAUCCGUCUGAGUGAGAACGGCACCAAAGACGCAGCCGACAUCUCCACCGUGGCGUACUACAUCGAGCGGGAUCUGAAGAUGAACAGGUUUGCGCUGGCAGUGGAUGGGAAGAGCCUGCAGGUGGAGAGGGAAUCUGUGCAGGUCUGGUUCUUCGACAAUGAGCCUCCUCGAAUCAACAUGAAGACCAUCUCGCCGGGAUUCGCUGCCAUCAUCAUCAUCGUUGCUCUGGCCAUCCUCACGGGCAUUGCCGUGUUUGUUGUGGUGAGAAGGAGGGCCAGGGAGGACCGGCAGAGGAUCCAGUUUGAAGUGAUUGAGGGCCAGGAAAUGGAGGACCACCAGCUUUCCCAGAGGAUGGGUCCAGCAGCACGCUAACCCUCGAGAGAGAGAGAGAGAGAGAGAGACGAACUUCACCUAUGGAAAUCUUGGAACCAAGCUGGCUGCUCGUUGCACCCAGGAGCCUCUGUAACCUUGACAACGACCCUCGACCGCACCUUGUUCAGCGCAGUGACGCGAGCAAGAAUCUGCAGAGAGUUGUGGACGCAGCCCAGACCAUCACGCAAACCAACCUCCCUUCCAUUGACUCCAUCUACACUUCACGCUGCCUCGGCAAGGCCAGCAGCACAAUUGAGGACUAGUCUCAUCCCCGCUCGCUCCCUCUUCUCCCCCAUCAGGCAAGAGGAACAGAAGGGUGAAAACGCACACCUCCAGAUUCUGGGACAAUUUCUUCCCAGCUGUUAUCAGGCAACUGAACCAUCCUAUCACCAACUGGAGAGCAGUCCUGACCUCCCAUCUACUUCUUUGGAGACCUUUGGACUAUCUUUGAUUGGGUUUUACUGGACUUUAUCUUGCAUUAAACGUUAUUCCUUUUAUCCCGUAUCUGUACACUGUGGACGGCUCGAUUGUAAUCAUGUAUUGCCUUUCCACUGACUGGAUAGCACAAAAAAAGAAAAAGCCUUUGACUGUACCUCGUUACACGUGACAAUAAACUAAACUAGUGAGUCCAAAUGAAAAAUGAGCACGUGGGGAGCUACACAGAAGAUGGUGGUCGAUGGCUUGUUGCCAGGCAACGAGCUCAGCCAUUUUGCACGACCCUCCAGUCAGCAGCUGUUCCAGAUGUGUAGCCAGCGCUCCAGCUGUGCCCUCCAGCUCAAAAGCAAAGAUCCCACGGCACCACGGGAAGAACAAACAACUCUAUCCGGUGAAAUCAAAGACCCUUCUUCAACUAAAUCACCUGCUUAAGGUAGCUCCACACAGCGUAGAACCUCGAACAGGCCCUUCUGCCCACAAUGUUUGUGCCGACCAUCUCCGAUCCUCCUGCACAGAAUCCAUACCCAUAUACCUAUCCAAAAGCCUCCCGAGUGCCACGAUCGUAUUUGCCUUGACCACCACCUCCAGCAGCACAUCCCAGACACCCGACAUCCUCUGUGAAAAAAAAAAAACUUGCCCCGCACAUCUCCUUUAAACAUUGCCGCUCUCACCUUAAAGCUAUGCUCUCUUUCCAUCCUGGGGAAAAAGGGUCUCACUGUCUGCCAUUAACACCCAAAAUGUUUUUAUACUUCUACGAAAAGCAACAAAAGCUUUUCACCAUACCUCGGUAUACAUGGCAUUAAACUGAACUAAACUAAUUCAGGGCUCCUCACAACCUCUGGCAUUCCAGAGACAACAAUCCAAUUCUGGACAGCCGCUCCCUGUAGCUAAUACCCCUUAAUGCAGGCAUCAUUUCUGGUAAACCUUGCCUGCACCUUCUCCAAAGCCUCCACAUCUUUCCUGUAAUGAGGUGACCAGAACUGCACACAAUACUCCAAAUUCAGACCAACUAAAGCCCUGUAAAGCUGCAUCGAGAUCUCCUGACUCUUACAUGCAAUGCCCUGACCCGUGAAGCCAAGCAUACCUCAUGCCCUCUUCAUUGUAUACUCUAGAAUCGUAUACCCUGAAGGGUGCGACCCGAUGUGUCGUCCAUUCCUUCUCUCCGUAGAUGCUGCCUUCCCCGCUGAGUUUCUCCAGCAUUUUGCGCCUACCUUCGAGUUUACCAGCGUCUGCAGUUCUUUCUUACGCAAAUCUGAUACAAUCAAUGGUCUAAACUUCUUCAGAGCUGUUCCGAUAGCUCACAGGUUUUGCUGUCGACCUCUUACCUCCAAAGGGCGGAAACUGCCUCCGGGAAAGGACACAGAGUGCCCUAGUAACUACGCAGGCUAUAUGUGAUAGUAGAAGUAGGCCAUUCAGCCCAUCAAGUCCACUCCGCCAUUCAAUCAUGACUGAUCUGUCUGUCCCUCCUAACCCCAUUGGCCUGCUUUCUCCCCAUAACCCCCGACACCCGCACUGAUCAACAAUCUAUCUCUCUCUGCCUAAAAAAUAUCCGCUGAUUUGGCCU